AUGGAGCAGCUAGUAAUAGAGAUAUCAUCUGACGAGGAAAAGAUCAAGGUAAAGGAGAAGAAGAAGAAAUUGCAGACAUUAAGGAAAGACAGGAAGCAAGCAACGAUUAAAAAUUACUUUAAGCAAACAAAUGGACAAACUUAUUUCAAAACAUUCCAAAAGUCGUCACGUCCUGUUCAAAAGGAAGUAAAUCUAUCGAUGACACAACUUCUUGAAGUCAAAUUAGAAGAAGAGGAUAGAAUCCUAUCUGAUUCACAGAUCCAGCCAGCACCAAAUAUCAAGUUAGAAUGUAUAACUGACAACUUUCAGAAUCAAAUAGAUCCAAGCAGAAUAUUCGAUGAAAUAGUCAAUAAAAUCUUUGCAAAUCAGGAUUAUGCCAAGCAGAGUAUUAAUAUGGACAGAUCACUAGUGGCUGUAAUGAGUGACGCAAGUGAUGAUGAGGAACAAAAUACUGAAAACAAGAAACCCUCAAAAAGAAAGAAGGCGAUAUGUCCAAAUUAUAAAAUCAUUGAAGGUUCACUAUUUGCUGUGGAUGCAUUUAGGUACGGCGAGAUCUCGGGUGUUGAGCAUUAUUUCCUCACUCAUUUUCAUGCUGAUCAUUAUAUUGGACUUAAGAAGAAGUUCUGCCAUACAAUUUAUCUCUCAGAAAUAACAGCAAAGCUAGUUAGACAGUUUAUUGGCGUUGCUGAAGAAUACCUCAAUAUAGUUUAUGUGGAUGUGCCGUUUUAUGUUGAAAAUGUGUGUAUAAUUCCGUUAGAUGCAAAUCAUUGUCCCGGUGGACUCUUGUUCUUGUUUAAAUUUCCUGAUGGACGUAAUGUGCUGCAUACUGGCGAUUUUAGAGCGAAUGACGAGAUGAUUGAAAAGUUGCAUCAAUUUGAAUGUCCAACACUAGAUCUUAUUUAUUUAGACACAACUUAUUUACAUAGUAAGAGACGAAUGCCAUCACAAAAAGAGUCUAUUGACUUUGUGCUGCAUAGUGUACAAAAAUAUCUUGAAGACUUUAUUGGUGAAAAGUUUAUCAUCCUUGUUGGUGCUUAUCUCAUUGGCAAGGAAAAGGUGUGGAUGGCAAUUGCUGAAAAGUUCAAUUUUAAAGUAUAUCUCGAAAAGGAGAGAUUCAAAGCAUUUAAAGAAAUAUGUACAGCAUCAGUAUCACAUUUUAAGUUCUAUAAAAAGUAUGUCACGUUGAAUGAACAGGAAGCAGAAAUCCGUAUUGUUAACAUGCUACAAAUUACUUAUAUUAGUCUAAGAGACUUUCUCAGUGAAAAUCAGGACUCAUUUAAUACUCUAUUGGGAAUAUCAGCCACUGGAUGGGUGAAUAAUAAGUACACAAGUGGCCGCAUUUCUCUUAUUAAUUGCCAAUAUUCAGAACAUUCAAGCUACGAUGAGUUGGAGAAAUUCAUUGUCGGAACAAAUCCAAAGAAUGUCAUCUCGACAGUGCCAAUACGACCCAUUAAUUCUGACAUAACUGCUGAGGUUCCAAGAGAGUGGCUUACAGAGGAAGGGAAAAGCAAGAAGAAGAAAAAGCAACAAAAACUGCCAGUAAAAAAGUGA